AUGAGUGCCGAGGUGAAGGUGACAGGGCAGAACCAGGAGCAGUUUCUGCUCCUGGCCAAGUCUGCCAAGGGGGCGGCGCUGGCCACACUCAUCCACCAGGUGCUGGAGGCUCCUGGUGUCUACGUGUUUGGGGAACUGCUGGAUAUGCCUAAUGUUAGAGAGCUGGCUGAGAGUGACUUCGCUUCCACAUUCCGCCUGCUCACCGUGUUUGCUUAUGGGACAUAUGCUGACUAUUUAGCUGAAGCCCGGAAUCUCCCCCCACUCACAGAGGCUCAGAAGAAUAAGCUUCGACACCUGUCGGUCGUCACCCUAGCUGCCAAAGUCAAGUGUAUCCCAUAUGCAGUGCUGCUGGAGGCCCUGGCCCUGCGUAACGUGCGGCAGCUGGAAGACCUUGUCAUAGAGGCCGUGUACGCUGACGUGCUCCGAGGCUCCCUGGACCAGCGCAAUCAGCGGCUGGAGGUUGACUACAGCAUUGGGCGGGACAUCCAGCGCCAGGACCUCAGUGCCAUUGCCCGAACCCUACAGGAGUGGUGUGUGGGCUGCGAGGUAGUGCUGUCAGGCAUUGAGGAGCAGGUGAGCCGUGCCAACCAGCACAAGGAGCAGCAGCUGGGCCUGAAGCAGCAGAUUGAGAGUGAGGUCGCCAACCUUAAGAAAACCAUUAAAGUUACAACAGCAGCAGCCGCCGCAGCCACAUCUCAGGACCCCGAGCAACACCUGACUGAACUGAGAGAACCAGCUGCUGGCACCAACCAGCGCCAGCCCAGCAAGAAAGCCUCAAAGGGCAAGGGGCUCCGAGGGAGCGCCAAGAUUUGGUCCAAGUCGAACUGA